AAGCACAUAAAAAUAUACUCUGUGCAAAUAAUCAAAAACAUUUGUAAAUUAUGGAUAAAGCGGCAGACUCUUGUGGGACAGCGAUUGCCGAGGGUCUCGAAGAUCAAUUGACGUCGGAGCUAGUUAUCUACGACUAUAUGAAGUACCAGAAGAAAAAGAAGAAUAAGGCAAAAAAGCAUGUACGCUUUAAUCAGGUAGUGGAGACUGCUACUUUCUCAGAGAAUUAUAAGAUACGUAUUUCCGAAAGUGUUUUGGGAACUGAAGAGGAGCAGGCUAAUCGAAAACUCAAGAGACGUAACUUCUAAUGCAGUGCAAUUCGAUUUAAUUCCAAGUUGGCAUCUUUGAUGAAUUCGCAAUCAACAGCCUACAUGAAAAAUAUUGAAAAGCAAUUGUUCAAUGCAUUUAAAUCCACUUAAAUUCAAAGUUUGUUUGUUAACAUAUUAAAUGAUCUUUCGACACAAA